AUGGAAGUGGAGGACAGUGUAAAGUACUUGAACCUUUCCUUAGACAAGAACUUGCCUUGGGAAGGGCUCUGUGGACAAAGGCCUGGGUUCCUUGUUCACAUACUAAUAUGCACCAAUCUGUCUUCUCCAAUGUAUCAUAAUUACAGCAUUGUUGUUCAGCAAGAAACUUCUGACUACAACCUCUACCGCUCUCUAGUUGAAUCUCUUCCAGCCAUUAUCAGUUCGUUUUUCCUUGGACCAUGGAGUGAUGAAUAUGGGAGGAAACCUGCCAUCAUCCUUUCGCUGCUUGGAGCUUUGUUAUCUGGGUUGGGAUACCUGCUGGUUGGAUUGGUACCUUCAUAUGGUCCAGAGUUUAUGCUCAUCCCAGCUGUUAUAUCAGGCCUCAGUGGUGGAGUGGUAGCUUUCCUCAUGGCCAUAUUCAGUUACAUUGGAGACACAACACCUCUUGAAAUUCGAUCGGCUCAUGUUGCCCUCACAGAUGCGUCUCGGUAUAUGGGUGCUCCAUUAGGCAUGUUGGCCAGCGGAUAUAUCUACAAGCGUUGGGGAUCAGUUGCAAUAUUUGGAACUGGAGCAACAGUAAUUUUCUUGGCCCUGGUAUAUGUAACAAUAUACAUAAAGGAACCCCACAAUGCUGAAAGGAAAUCCUUCAAGGUAUCUUGCACAAGACUUUGUCAAGGACAUCAUGCUAGGGACUACCUGAAAACUGUUCUCAGGAGAAGAGAUGGUUAUCAGAGAACCGAGAUUCUAUGCCUCUUGGCUACUAUGUGCCUUUGGCUCAUCCCUUUUUCAGGGACUGUGAUAUUUGUGCCCAUCCUGAGUUACAAGCUGAAAAUGCCUGACUACCUUCUUGGCAUUCUGUCAUCCUUGUCUUACUGUGCAAAUAUGCUAGUCACUGGAUUUGCUGUUUCUUCAUGGCACAUGUACUAUGGGACUGGUUUGGGAUGCCUCCGAGGGAUUGGAACCAUCUCUAUUCGGAGCAUGUUGUCCAAGAUUGUCCUGAACGAUGAACUGGGCAACCUAAUAUUCUUUCCUGUCUUGGUAUCUGCCUCUCCAGGGAAGAUCUAUUCAGUCUUAGCCUCCUGUGAAGCUGCCAUCCCAUUGUUUGCCACUGCCAUCUACACUCAGCUCUACGUUGCCACUGUUGCCACAAUACCUGGCGCCUCCUAUUUCUUGUGCGCUGCUAUCAUCAUCCUCCCAAUUAUCAUGUUCCUAGUUCUUUGGAGACUUGAUCAAAAAGGUGAUGACUCCCACUUUGCUCCGCUGGACUGUCAACACUUUGGCCGAGGACACCAGCCACUCGACUACUAGAUCCGGCGUUCAUGCUUGAUCCAUUCAUUGUGUAUCUUGCCUGACAUAAUAGUUUGUUUCAUUUUUGGCAUCCAUCAGAGGGUGUCUCUUGUUUAUCUCAUACCUUUCUGCUUUUAUUUUAUUGGUUUCAGUAUUUGACUAUAUGGUAAUGAUGACUGGUAUUGUAUGAUGA